AUGGCCAAUUUCCACGACCUACCUGCCGAGCUUCGCAUCCUCAUCUGGCAGUACAGCCAUCCCGGACCUCGCGACAUUGUGGUCUCAUGGGACGGCAUUGACUUCGCCUCAAACCUUUCGCCACCCACGGUCGCCCACGUAUGCCAUGAAUCGAGAGAAGAAGCCUUGAAGCACUUCAGCUUGAUAUUUGGAAGACCUGAUCGGCCUGGUUACAUCCUCUUCGACAACUCCAUGGAUACUUUGUUCGUGACGGACGAGGUUGACUACCAAUUGACGACUUCCGACCGUUCCUUCAUCAACAACUUGAAGCACUUCCGGUUCACGAACGUCAUGGCUCAGAAGUGUACUUCUUGA